AUGCUCCUCCUCAAGAGACGGCUUCCCAUACUGAGGUUAGAGAGCGGCACAGGCUCUCAUGUUCUGCGUGUGUUUCUCUUCUUUCUUGCAUUCUACCUGCUCCUUACAUUUUACGUGCGCGGACAGUCGUACCGCGAUCCCGGAUCGGUAUUCUUCAACCCGUGGACUGCAUAUGAUACUUCCUACACCGAUGUAAGGCUUGAAGAAGCGGAUCUCUAUAUCGAGUCUGUGACCAAUGCGUCUAUAUUGCCAAAGGCGGGACCAGAGCCUGGCCUUUGCGUCGGCAUUGCGUCGAUCGCACGACAUGGAGUCCGGUAUUUCAAGAGCACUGUUGGAACAGUUCUCGAAGGGCUGAGCGAGGCGGAACGUGCUGAUAUCCACCUCAUUCUAUUCAUCGCGCAUACCGAUCCGACUGAACACCCUGCAUAUUCGGAACCUUGGCUUCAUCAAGUCGCAGAUCAGGUUCUGCUGUAUGACCCUGAAACUGUCGAUAUCGAGCAUAUUCAUUCUUUGGAGACAGAUGCGGCAAAGGUCUCGGGGCGCGAAAAGGCCCUGUUUGACUACACUUACCUACUGCAAGCAUGCGAGGCAGCCAACACCCCUUAUGCUGUUAUGUUGGAAGAUGAUGUUGUUGCAUUGGAUGGAUGGCAUCAUCGUACUCGCAAUGCUUUGGACUCCGUAGAAAAGCAGACUGCGGAAAUUGGCGCGUCAAAAUGGCUUUAUCUCCGUCUUUUCUAUACCGAAGAAUUCCUUGGCUGGAAUUCCGAAGAUUGGCUCAUAUAUCUUAUUUACUCCGCCCUCGCUGUCUCCUUAGUUGCCUGCAUCUGUCUCGGUAUUCGACAGUACAAACCACGCACCCAAUCCCACCUCUCCAACCCAACAAUCCUUCUCCUCUCCGCAAUCUGUACCCCGCUACUCAUCGGCCUUUUCUUCGCCGCUGGCCGCGUCACAACUCUCCCUCUCCCAGAAGGCGUCCACCAAAUGCCCCGCUUCGGUUGCUGUUCGCAAGCCUUUGUCUUCCCACACUCGCGCAUUCCCGAUCUUGUGGAUUUAUACCGAUCAAGGCAUAUUGGAUAUGUCGAUAUGAUCACCGAGGAAUUCGCCAAUGAACACGACGAGCUCAGAUGGGCAGUUACCCCGAUCAUCAUGCAACAUGUUGGUCGAAGAAGCUCUAAGGGGGCGAGCGGAGAUCCGAACGUACCUCUGAGACAUAAAUAUAAAAGCGAGUUGUCGGAUGUGGAGAAACUUUGGAAUUUUGGCUUCGAGACCAAUAAUGCGGACUCGUUGCGUGCGGAGCAUGAAUAUGUGAAGGAGCAUGAAUGA